AUGACUGAAACAAAGAAAGAAAGUUCAGCCCCUAAGGAACUUAAGGGCACUAUCAAAGAUAGAUUUAUUUCAUUGACUGAAAAUUUACAAUUUGCAUGGUUUGCAGGACAUGCUGUUGUCUUAUUGUGUUCUUUCUUCUAUUUAUUCUCUUUUAAUAGAAUAAUUUAUAGAAUUGCUUACUUAGGUGUUCUACAUUCUUUUGGUAUUAUUGUAUAUCAACAAUACUAUCAAAAUGUUAAGACUGCUGCUACUAGUAAUAAUAACGGUGGUGCAUCUUCAAACGCUGGUACUUCAUUCCCAAAACUUUCCCUUAAUGUAUUAAUCAAUGAUGAAAACAUUUUAUAUUUUGUUUUAGCUGCAAUGUGGUUAAUAACUCCAGUAUUCUCCCUAUCUUUGGUUCCAUAUUCUCUAUUUUCUUUAUUCCAUGUAUUGAAAUAUUUACAAAAUAUUCUUUUACCAAUUGUAUUUGGUAUCUCUAAAGAAAACAACAGUAAAGUAGCCACUGUAGCUAAAUUUACACAUACUUAUAAUGAAAAAUGUAUGUAUUGGGUUGGUACAUCAGAGAUUAUUAUUGUUGUCCUAUUAUUAGUCAGAGCCUUACUAUGGUAUCCAAGUUCAUGGAUUGUCUUAUUAACUUUUAUUCUAUUUUUGAAGUUAAGAUAUGAAAACUCUAAGUAUACUAAAUCUGCAUUUUCUCAAUGUAGAGUUAGGUUAGAUGGUAUUAUUAGUCAUCCAUCUAUUCCACCUCCUGUGAAGAGUGCUUACAAUACUGCCAAAGCUAAACUGAUUGAACUUUCUCGUUAUCAAUUAACCAAACCAAUUGAGGCUGAAAAGAAGACUACUUAA